ACAGUUAGUGGUUGGAUUGAAGGGAGCCAAACUCUUAAGUGAAAAAUCAAACAAAAUAAUAAUUCAUAGACAUGGGAAGGUCUCCUUGUUGUGAUGAGAGAGGUCUAAAGAAAGGUCCAUGGACUCCUGAAGAAGAUCAGAAUCUUGUCAAUUUUAUUGAGAAGCAUGGCCAUGGCAGCUGGAGAGCUCUCCCUAAGCUUGCUGGUCUCAACAGAUGUGGGAAAAGUUGCAGACUAAGGUGGACAAACUAUUUAAGGCCAGAUAUAAAGAGAGGAAAGUUUUCUGAAGAAGAAGAGCAAACAAUUCUCAAUCUUCACUCUGUUCUUGGAAACAAAUGGUCAACAAUUGCCACUCACCUACCAGGAAGAACAGACAAUGAGAUCAAGAAUUUCUGGAACACCCAUCUCAAGAAAAAGCUAAUCCAGAUGGGUUUCGAUCCGAUGACUCACCGGCCUCGAACGGAAAUCUUUUCGAGCUUGCCUCAUCUCAUAGCUUUGGCUACCUUAAAGGAGCUUAUAGAUCACCACUCAUUAGAAGAACAUGCUGUUAGAUUACAAGCAGAAGUUACCCAAAUGGCUAAUCUCCAAUGCUUAAACUUUCUUCUUCAAACUCAAACUCAAACUCACCCAUCAAACAUGGAAACUUUCAACCUUUUGAACCCAGUUUCAGCAGUUACUUGUCUCCCAAGACUUGUCAAUACUGAUCACUCUAACCCUAAUUUCUCUCAUUUGCCAGAUUUACAAAUCCCAAGUAAAGAUAAUAAUAAUAUUAUUACUACUACAACUCACGAAUCAUCUGAUGACCAGUUUACUCAUGUUUUUAGCCAAGAAGAUAACAAUUUACCAAAUUCUCCCUGGAAUAUUAUUCCUUCUUCUUCUUCUUGUUUAACUCCAUCUCCUCCAUUAGGUAUUAAUGAUCCUACUACUUCUAGUUCAAGCUAUGGAGGUCAAGAAAGUAAUUCUACAACGUUUUGGCACGAUCUGCUUCUUGAAGACCCUUUAUUUCAUGAGAUUGCUUAAAGCUUCUUAAUUUGUUUGGUUAUGGACGUGAAAAAGGUUUGGAUUUGCAUCAAUUUCACUUCUCUAAAUAUAAUAUAUACUCUAUAUAUAUAGCGUAGGAAUAUGUACAUUAACCCACUGUAUUCAUUAAAGUAUACUGUUGCAUGCUUAAUAUUGAGUAUAUUUUUUGUGUUUCUUGGUGAUUGAUUGUUUGAAUGCUUGUUUUUCAUGGAUUUGGUACCAUCUAAAUAUAUGAGAUAUUCAAGGUUUUUUCCUCUUUA